AUCCGAAGGGGGCGGGCUUAGCGGAAGGCGGGCCAGGCCGAAUGCGGCCCCGGGCGCGUGUCGAUGACGUCACCCGGCGCGUGCCCGGGUAGCCCGUAGUAACCCCGAGUCUGCGGAAGUGGUGACCCGUGGGACGCGGCUGAGACAGGAGACUGAAAGUUGUGGAACCGUAAUCUGUGACAUCAGUUGUUUUUUGAUAAGCAGCUGUUUAUGAUUCUGGAAGAUUAAGGCAGAUAGGAAACCCCAUCUGAGAUUUUAACAAAUCUCUCAAACAGUAAACCACAUCAUGGACAUACAGCUGGACCCUGCCGGAGAUGACCUGCCUCUCAUGGCCAACACCAGCCACAUACUUGUGAAGCACUAUGUCCUGGAUUUGGAUGUGGAUUUUGAAAGUCAAGUCAUUGAGGGGACCAUAGUGCUUUUCCUUGAGGAUGGAAACAGAUUCAAGAAACAGAAUAGCUCUAUCGAGGAAGCCUGCCAAUCAGAGUCAAACAAAGCCUGCAACUUUGGGAUGCCUGAGCCCUGCCAUGUUCCUGUGACAAAUGCAAGGACCGUCUCAUCUGAAAUGGAAUAUAAUGAUUUUGCAAUUUGUAGUAAAGGUGAAAAAGAUACUUCUGAUAAAGAUGGUAACCAUGACAACCAGGAACAUGCUUCUGGGAUUUCUAGCUCAAAGUACUGCUGUGACACAGGGAAUCAUGGGAGUGAGGGUUUUUUGCUAGUGUUGGACUGCUGUGAUCUAUCUGUGUUAAAAGUCGAGGAGGUGGAUGUUGCUGCUGUGCCAGGUAUGGAAAAAUUUACAAGGUCUCCUGAGCUCACGGUUGUUUCUGAGGAGCUCAGGAAUCAGAUUGUACGUGAACUUGUGACUUUGCCUGCAAAUCGUUGGAGGGAGCAAUUAGACUAUUAUGCUCGCUGCAGCCAGGCUCCUGGCUGUGGGGAACUCCUCUUUGACACUGACACUUGGAGCUUACAGAUCAGGAAGACAGGGGCUCAGACAGCUACUGACUUUCCUCAUGCUAUCAGGAUAUGGUACAAAACUAAACCCGAAGGGCGAUCAGUUACGUGGACCUCAGACCAGAGUGGCAGCCCGUGUGUUUAUACUGUGGGGUCUCCCGUAAACAACAGGGCCCUUUUUCCGUGCCAGGAGCCACCCGUUGCCAUGUCAACAUGGCAGGCUACAGUUCGAGCAGCUGCAUCUUUUGUUGUUUUAAUGAGUGGGGAAAACUCUGCCAAGCCGACGCAGCUUUGGGAAGGGUGCUCAAGCUGGUAUUACUACGUAACUAUGCCGAUGCCAGCCUCCACCUUCACAAUUGCAGUGGGAUGCUGGACAGAAGUGAAGAUGGAGACGUGCUCAUCGGCUGAUUUGGCAACAGAGAGACCCUUCUCACCUUCUGAGGCUGACUUCAGGCAUGUUGGUGUUUGCAGUCACAUGGAAUACCCCUGCCGCUUCCAGAAUGCUUCUGCCACCACCCAGGAGAUCAUUCCUCAUCGUGUCUUUGCCCCUGUGUGCCUCACGGGUGCCUGCCAAGAGACCCUUGUGCAGCUGAUCCCUCCUUGCCUCUCAGCAGCGCAUUCUGUUCUGGGAACACACCCGUUCUCUCGGCUGGAUGUUCUCAUCGUCCCUGCCAACUUUCCAAGCCUGGGGAUGGCCAGCCCACACAUCAUGUUCCUCUCUCAGAGCAUCUUGACAGGAGGGAGCCAUCUCUGUGGGACCCGCCUCUGCCAUGAAAUUGCCCACGCCUGGUUUGGCCUAGCCCUUGGGGCCCGCGACUGGACGGAGGAGUGGCUGAGCGAAGGCUUUGCCUCUCACUUGGAGGAUGUGUUUUGGGCUGCAGCACAGCAGCUGACCCCCUACGAGGCCCGGGAGCAGCAGGAACUGAGGGCCUGCCUGCGCUGGCGUCGCCUCCAGGAUGAGAUGCAGAGCUCCCCCGAGGAGAUGCAGGUGUUAAGACCCAGUAAAGACAAAACUGGCCACACAAGUGACUCAGGAGCAUCUGUUAUCAAGCAUGGACUCAAUCCGGAGAAGAUCUUCAUGCAGGUGCAUUAUUUAAAGGGCUACUUCCUUCUUCGGUUUCUUGCCGAAAGACUUGGAGAUGAAACCUAUUUUUCAUUUUUAAGAAAAUUUGUGCACGCAUUUCAUGGACAGCUGAUUCUUUCCCAGGAUUUCCUUCAAAUGCUACUGGAGAACAUCCCAGAAGAAAAAAGGCUUGAGUUGUCUGUUGAAAACAUCUACCAAGACUGGCUUGAGAGUUCCGGAAUACCAAAGCCGCUGCAGAGGGAGCGCCACGCCGGGGCGGAGUGCGGGCUCGCGCGGCAAGUGCGCGCCGAGGUCACGAAGUGGAUUCGAGUGAACCGGAGACCCCGAAAACGGAAGCGCAGGGAGAGGGAAGAGGUGUUUGAAAAGCUUCUUCCAGACCAGCUGGUCUUGCUUCUGGAGCAUCUGUUGGAGCAGAAGACCCUGAGCCCCCGAACUCUGCAAAGCCUCCAGAGGACAUACCACCUCCAGGAUCAGGAUGCAGAGGUUCGCCAUCGCUGGUGUGAACUCAUUGUUAAGCACAAGUUCACAAAAGCCUACAAAAGUGUGGAGAGGUUCCUUCAGGAGGAUCAGGGACAGCCGUCCCCUUCGAGGAGCUCACAGGCAGUGCGUGUGCGGGAGCGGAUCUGGGGAGACCUUCAUCGGCUGCCUCUCAUGUCCGCAGUUUGUCAGGUCACCAACAGGUGUGUUUGCAGCAUCGUUCCCACGCAACAGAGUCGGUGCGGGCUGCGGUGCAGGGCCGCGGAGGAACGGGCACGGGCAGGGCGGUAUCUGCAGGCCUCGUCAUGUGUCUGCGGCUGCUCUGCGCUUGUUUCCCUGGCAGGCCAUGGGCGUGUACCUCUAUGGGGAGCUGAUGGUGAGUGAGGACGCCAGACAGCAGCAGCUCGCCCGCAGGUGCUUCGAGCGGACCAGGGAGCAGAUGGAUAGGUCCUCAGCCCAGGUGGUGGCCGACAUGUUAUUUUAACAAGGAAAGAUCCCAGCGAGAUUCUUUCAUUCACCUCCUCCUAGCCUGGGGGACUGACCCUGGACAUCAAAGGAGGGAUUAUGUGGCUGCUAAAGCCAUCAGCCCACAGCCCUGUUCAAGUCUCGGUGCUUCUCUUUCCCAGAGGCUGGUCCCAGCCAGGCACGCACAAAAGGCAGAUUCUCGUAAACGCGGCCUCCCGCCCUGGAUCUGGAGUGGAGCUGCUCUGGGAUUUCGAGUUCUUCUGCACAGAUGAUUAAAUAUAUCCGAGAGAUGCUGGGAAACCUGCUGAACGUUUUACGUUGGGCUGCCCAGCACAUGGCUGGAUGUGGAUAUUUCUGUAAUUCCAGGAAGUCACACAGCUCCUGUGUACCAAGACCAGUGGGCGCCGUUUGAUGUAAAAGAGCAGGAUGAGACUCUAAGAUUAUUCUUAAUAAAUGUAGUGGUUUUUUUUUGUA